UGUGUUCUCCUGUCAGCUCCAAGGAUCAAGAGAGAGAGCGCGCAAAGAGAGCGAGAGAGAGCAACAGAGCGGCUCAUCGCCUAACCUGAGCCGCACUGGCAUCUCUAAAGUCACCGUCUUCUGUCGUGUAACAACCUGCUAGAAAUUGAGAGGAAAAAAUACGAGUGACUUAUAGGUCCUUGGAGAAAUCCCCUUGGUAAGAGGAAAUAAGAAAACGGGACGCUUCCUCGAUUUUUCGUCCUUUGACAGUGACUGGGGGAGACACAGAGAGAGAGAGAGAAGAGAAGAGAAGAGAAGUGAAGUGAGCGCGCCGCGCGGGGACGAGCUUACUAAAGAAUUGCUGUUCUUGAAAGCGGUGAUAGCUGCGGUUCACUCAUCAGUCCGGAGAGCUAUGGAGAUCAGGACACCCAGCAAACUUGACACUUUGCUGCUGAUGGCGUUGCUGUGGAUGUUUGCGGGUAAGAUGAAAGCCGAAGAAACCAUUAUUGUAGUAAAGGGACGGACAGCAAUCCUGCCGGUCUCAUCCAAGUUCAUCUCUGACCUCAGCAAAAUGACUGUGACCUGGAACUUCUUGUCUUCAACGACCAGUCAGGUGAAUUCAGUGAUGUCAUACACCAUUGGUCAGCAGAGCGAUGGCGACCCACAGUUCAGCAGUCGAGUAGGGUUUGUACAUAAGAUGCCUAGCGCCAAUGUCUCCAUCUUCAUCAAUAAAACAAUGGAGGAAGAUUCUGGCCGGUACACUUGCAAUAUUAUAGUCCCUGGAAUGAAAACUGAUGUACUUUCAGUUGGCCUUAAUGUUGUAGUCCCUCCGUCCAUCCCUGACUGCACUGCAUCAGGUGAGCCAGUGCUGGGUGGCUUUGUGACCCUGAAUUGCCGCUCGAAUUCUGGAAAGCCAGUCCCGAUCUACCAUUGGCAGAAGACAUCACCGACCUCUCAGAUUUUCAUUCCCACAAUGGAGGACUCUGUGAAAGGGACUCUGCUGCUGACCAAUCUGACGAAAGAAAUGUCGGGAAAGUAUGUAUGUGAUGCUUCAAACACAGCUGGCACUGAGUCCUGCUAUAUCAAUCUGGAGGUUUCUGCACCGGUGAGCUCCGGAGUGAUCGCUGGUGCUGUAGUUAGUGUCUUGCUUCUUCUGCUGGCUGCACUCAUCUUCCUUGGCUUAUAUUUGAAGCGCCGCCGGGAUGCAGAAGAGGAAAUGGCCAAUGAUAUUAAGGAGGACGCCCAAGCACCCAAGCGGGCCUCAUGGUCCAAGAACGGCCCAGGCUCGGACAUUGUUUCUAAGAAUGGCACCCUGUCAUCCAUUACCACAACCUCUCACCAGUACCCACAGAAGCCACUCUCAGACACAGCCUCUAUCAUCACUGCAACGGGCAGCACAAUGGGAUACAGGCCCUCCCAUCUACCGCCGGGUGUCGCAGUGAGCAUGCAUGGCUUACCAGGAUACCACCAUAACACCCUUCAGCAAACAAGUGAAUAUUCAUCCACUAUUCCUACUGCCAAUGGAAACACUGUGCCCAGAACUGACGGUGCCCAGCCACAGACACCACGGGCACCAGUCCUCACUUCUACUGUCACGUCUUCUAAUAUCAUGCGCAUGGGUGGGAUCCCAGUGAUGGUGCCAGCUCAGAGCCAGGCAGGGUCCCUAGUGUAGACCUCGGCUGAUGGACAGGCUCUGCUUUGCCUUGUAAAUUAUUGUACAGUUGAGUCACUGAACAAAACUCUUCUGGGAGAGAAAAACUGAUCGACACUCCUGCUUUACGCUAGCGUUUUGAUGUUUGUGCAACUGGCAAGCUUGUUGGCCUCUCAGGGACCCACGUGGGCAGAAAGAAGACCAAUGGUGGGUUUCUUUAAGCACUGAGUUCAGAGAAACCGGAAUAUUUUAAAUAAGAGAGGGGCAUCCUCUACAGUAUAGGAGAUCAUUGGUAGCAGAUCUAUCACAUGUACUAAUUUAUAUAAGGUUAUGCAUUUUACUUCAUUAUUCUUUAUCAUGGCACCACAAAAUGGGGAUGUGGUGCCUGUCAGUUGAGUAUGCAAAUAGGAAUCUUACUACACUCUGUGCACUACUAAUACUAGCACUAUAUAUGCAAAAUUCGGAAUAAAAGAAACUGACACCUCCUACAGCCACCAAUAGGUAGAUCAUUCAAAAUGUAGUAAAUGAGAGCAGCACUCCAUAAAAGAGGUCAUAGGUGGAGAGUUCAUUAUAUUAUCAAUGAUAUUUGCACCUACAUCCGCCCACUGUGGGGUUCAAUCCGCUCUUUCUCCAGGAAUUUGGUUCCAUACGAAACUAUUUCUUGAUGGUACCUCUCUACCUCCCAGCUUUUUGCCCUUAGAGAGGUCAAAUUCCAUAUUUCUAGAGUCAGUGGGGUUCGGUUCGCUGAGGCACUUGCUGUCCAAACCACACCUCAGGGCAGACCUGGGGCACGCUGGAAAGAUGAUAUCUCCCAAGUUGGCCUGGGAAUGCCUCAUUAUCCCCCUGGAGUAAGAGAUGGUGGGGAAAAGGGGCAUCUGGACAUCUUUGCUCAAAAUGCUGCCCCCAUGACCUGGACCCAGAUAAGCAGUAAAAAAUGGUGCCCUCUGUAGGAGGUUACAAGUAGAAAAUCCAAAACAUAAAUGAGACCAACAACCUCUGGCCAUGUGUGAAUCCAAAACGCAAUAAAUUCAAAGACUGCCCGAUGCAGGAGUCUUCAGGCAGAGAAUUGAAAACAAUAUAAAUGAGGGCAGCUUCCUCUGCAGAAGGCAUUACAUGAAGAAAGUAUUUUUUAAUAAAUGAGCGCAGCAUCUUGUUUAAGAACAAUAAUUGGAUCAUUCAAACUGUAAUAAAUGAGUGGAUAAAUACUGGAUACCAUAAGUAGAUCAUUUAAAAUAUUAUACAUUAAAAUAGCAACCCCUCUCAUGAAGCCAUAAGUAGCGAAUCCAAGAUAUUAUAAAAGAAAAACAGCAUCCUCUGCAGGAAGCCAUGUUUUAAUACAGGGGUUCUCAACGUCGGCCCUGGGGACCCCCUGUGGCUGCAGGUUUUUGUUCCAACCAGAUUCCUAAUCAGU